UGUAAUAUUUUUUGGAACCGCCCCAGUGCACCUUGGGUAAGUUGAAUAGGUGAGUUGUGGUGCCAUUGGAAGGUCUUAAGAUAAACAGGUUGACUGAGAAAUGUGUCCAAUCUGUCUGUGUCUCCUUUGCGUGUGCUGUGUUUAGGAAGAACAAACCAGUUUGUCUGUACGAGUAGUCACACAAUGAGGCGUGUGUGUGUGUGUACGUGUGUGACGGACCCAACCCAAGAGCAGCUUGCACGGAGGAAGAUGUGUAAGUUCUGUACAUUUUGUGCAUUCAAUGUGGGUUACUAACAAUAGAAUUUCCCACCCUGCCACCGAUUUGCAUACUGAGUAGUGUAGCUUUUGUUGUAGCAGCAGGAGCUCGGUGUGUUUGCCUCCAUCGCCCCUACAGAGCCUUUGUUGUGUGUGCCAUUGCCGCACUUUGCUAUGCUGCUUCAUGGUAGUGAAUCACUUUUCUUGCGCAACACUUCCAGGGUGUUUGUUUUCUUCUCUGCCGAUUUCACGGGGGAGAAUCCCCCCAUCAGUAUGCACGUGAUGACCAAAAGAGACCUCAGCCCGACGGAUGUUCACGGCCAACCUUUGGUCAUCCUCACAGAGGAGAUCCCUGAAGACACCAACCUGCGCGUGAGAAACCACCAGCAUUCUUUGAGAAGAGAGUCAAACCCCUCAACCACAGCCGGCUUUACCUCUGGCCCGUCCUCCUCUCGCCUCUGAUCCAAUCAGCAAGGACAAGCUCCCCCGCUUUCUACCUCCCAGAAAAAUACAGAAAUUUAUUAUUUAUUUAUUCCUCCUUUUUUUUUUUUUCCUUAGCGCACCAUCUCUCCAUUUACCUCAGGGACUCUCUCUCCCAGGUCCUACCUCCUCGACCGAAACCGCCGACCCCCGUGGUAGACGGGGCAGAAAUCCACCCCUGACCUCUCUCUGCUGUUGCCAUGUUAACCGUAUUGCCUCUCGAGUUCUCCUCACCGCAGCUGUGACCAGCAACGACCUCGGAUCUCUCUUCGCCCGCCGGCCCAGACCUCCUCGCUGCCGCGCUUGUGCUGAUCUACAUUUGUAGCCUGGGCGGUUAUUAAGUGGUUGCUGUGUGAAGAAAGCCGGGUGUGCGCUCACAACAACCUCACAGGAAACGAUCUAUGCCUCAGCGACACUCACUCAAGGGAACCCAGAGGAACUUUCCAGUAGCCGCAUGGUUCUUCGACCCAUUCCGGCAAAGUAGCGCCCGGGAGACGACUCUCCAUCCGCAUCUUUCAUUCGCCCCAGAGGCAGGAGAGGAGCAUCAGUAGCCAGGAAAGCCUCCCGAGAAGUAGAGAGAGAGAGAAACACUCUUCCCCCCCCCCCCCCCCCCCUCCCGGCAGACAAGUUGAUUUCAAUCGCUGCCCCGGCCAAGUGGCAUUCGGAUCCCUGCCGUUUCGAAUAAAUCUGCCAUUUCCCAAGAGGUCUUUUUGGGGCGAUCACAGCAGAGGCUCCAAAGUUCCACCUUUCCUUGAGUUCCACCCACGGAGCGGACGUUGUUGGCCUCCACAGCCACAGAAAUAAAGGCUCAGGAACCCUCUGUGUGCACUGCGUGGUGUAGUGAAACAGUGAGAUCUGUGUUGUGCGGCGGCAGAAAGGAGGGAGACGCAGAGGACAGAGGAGAAUGCAGCGCGCUCUCGCCGAUGUCCCGCCCGCCGCGCUCCUCUCAGCCAACCGCUGCCCACGUUGUCAGAUGGCCGUCUGUUGAAGGGGCCGCCGGCGAAUGCUGAGCAAGCUGGCGAGGUCGAGGUCCGCCUCAUUGUCCUGUGAUUGGCUGCCGGACGGGACCGAGGCUACAUGGAGCCUAUGUUCAACAAGCAGGACAGCAACUCAUCAGAGGGAGACGAGAAAGGGUGGCCGGAUGUGCCGAAGAGAAAGAGCAAGAACAGCGAGUGUGCGGUGAAGAGCGUGUCAGCUCUUAGCGUGUCUGUUCCAGGGUACAUCCCCAGCUACCUGGAGAAGGAUGAGCCGUGCGUGGUGUGCGGCGACAAGGCGACCGGGUACCACUACCGCUGCAUCACCUGCGAGGGAUGCAAGGGUUUCUUUCGGCGGACCAUCCAAAAGAACCUCCAUCCGGCCUACUCCUGUAAAUAUGAAGCCUGCUGCAUCAUCGACAAGAUCACACGCAACCAGUGCCAGCUGUGUCGCUUCAAGAAGUGCAUCGCUGUGGGCAUGGCCAUGGACUUGGUGUUGGACGACUCGAAGCGCGUGGCCAAGCGGCGCCUGAUCGAGGAGAACCGGCAGAAGAGGAAGAAGGAGGAGAUGGUGCGCACGUUGCAGACGCGGCCGGAGCCAGACAGCACUGAGUGGGAGCUCAUCAGAAUGGCGACGGAGGCCCACCGGCACACCAACGCCCAGGGCUCCAGCUGGAAACAGAAGCGCAAGUUUCUGUCGGAGGACAUCGGCCAGGGUCCCAUCGUGACCACGUCAGACGGGGACAAGGUGGACCUGGAGGCCUUCAGCGAGUUCACCAAGAUCAUGACCCCGGCCAUCACGCGCGUCGUCGACUUCGCCAAGAAGCUGCCGAUGUUCUCAGAGCUGCCUUGUGAGGACCAGAUCAUCCUGCUGAAAGGCUGCUGCAUGGAGAUCAUGUCGCUGCGCGCCGCCGUCCGCUACGACCCGGAAAGCGAGACGCUGACGCUGAACGGCGAGAUGGCCGUGAAGCGCGAGCAGCUGAAGAACGGCGGGCUGGGCGUGGUGUCAGACGCCAUCUUCGAUCUGGGCAAGAGCCUGGCUCAGUUCAACCUGGACGACUCUGAGGUGGCUCUGAUGCAGACCGUGCUGCUCAUGAGCUCAGACCGGUUGGGGCUGACCAGCAUGGAGAAGAUCGAGCAGUGCCAAGAGGCCUACCUGCUGGCGUUCGAGCACUACAUCAACUACCGAAAGCACGCCAUUCCCCACUUCUGGCCCAAGCUGCUGAUGAAGGUGACGGACCUGCGCAUGAUCGGGGCGUGCCACGCCAGCCGCUUCCUCCACAUGAAGGUGGAGUGUCCCAACGAACUCUUCCCACCGCUCUUCCUCGAGGUCUUCGAGGACCAGGACGUGUGAGAAAGCGUCGGAGAAAGCAAAACAAGACUCCCCCCUCUCCCCCCCCCC